ACGCACACUCAGACUCCCGGCGGCGGCGACAGCGACAGCGGCUGCGACUCCUACAGCUGUGCACCCCCCGCCAGGCGGGCGGCGGCCCCGGCGGCGGCCCCGCGGAGACAGAAGGGCAGGCAGACUAGGAGCCUGAGCCAGGAGGCGAGAGGGAGCAGGGAGAGCUCCAGCUCCAGCCCGGGCCGCAGCCCCCGGGAGGACGCAGCAGCCGCGGGGAGGGGGCCGCGCUCCGCCGGGAGCUCCAGGCUUGGAAGGGGGUGCUGGUGUGGGGGCAGGGUGGGGGCCAGCCACUGUCGCCUGAUCCCUCCACCGGCGGCGGCGGAGGCAGCAGCAGAGGCAGGCGCCACCAGCGAGGUGACACUGCGGUCCAUGGAAGGAGCUCCCAGCGGCUGCAGCGGCGGCGACAGCGGCGGCGGCAGCAUCUCUGCAGGUCCCGAGACAGCGGCGCGAGGCCAAGUUAUGUUGGUGCAAAUGCCUUUGGUCGACCAGAAACUACGGGGAUUCUGGUAACAGCGAUGUAAACUCUCGUUCUGUGAAGCCUCACGAAUCCCAUACAAUGGAGGAAUUAUACAAGGACACCCAAAACCUACCCAUGGAUGUUACCAGCUCUCCUCCCUCCUUGACCAAUAACAAACUGGAGAAUGGGGUGGCCCAGCUGAUCACUGCUGAGGCAUGGAAUAUCAACUCAACAGACUUGAUGAAAAAAGCACUUUCACCACUGGUGACUGUCCCAGCCCCUUCCAUCCUGAGCCCUCCAGCAGAAUCACAGAGCGGGGUAGCCCUGAAAGUCGCAGCGACUGUGCUUCAGCCAAUUUGCUUAGGGGACAGCCCAGUGGUCCUGCCAAUACAUUUGCAAGUAGCAGGAAGCACCACACCUCAGAUCGGUCCCAAUACUAACACCCCCUACGUCAUGACGACCCAAGGUCCAGUGCCUCUGCCUGUCCUCUUAGAGCAGCAUGUGUUCCAACAUUUAAAUUCUCCUCUGGUCUUGCCUCAAAGCGCCCCCUGCCCCGCCAAUCCCAUUCACAACAAUCUUUUCCAGGGGGCUUCUGCCCCCGUGGGACAACCCCAGCUGCUAGAUCAGAAACCCCCCAGCCAACCCCAAGAACCCGUGCUCCCGCCAGUAUUUCAGACACCAGGAUUUGCUGCUGUUCUUCAGGACUUGUUUCCUUCCCAGGCGACUUUAGGCUCAUCACCUUGUCAACCCGCCGCAGAUUAUGCUUCCGUCCCACCUCAACCUUUUAGCUCUCCGCUGUCCCCUCUGGUCCCACCAGCCACUCUGCUGGUGCCAUAUCCUGUGAUUGUCCCCUUGCCGGUGCCGGUUCCUAUCCCCAUCCCCAUCCCCAUCGCUGUGCCCCAUAGUUCCGAAUCCAAACUCAGCCCUGACUUCCCCAAGCCCCCCUCCUUCGGUAUGUAUUCCUGUAAAGGAACUCAGACCCAGCUAGAGAAGGAAGAGAUAAAACCCUUCAACUUUCUCCAGCAACGGGAGUUUUCCCAACUCAGCCGCCACACAGUGAUCAAAAUGGGCAACGAGAACGAGGCCCUGGACCUUUCCAUGAAGUCCAUGCCCUUGCUCAAAGCAAGCGAGGUCAGCCCCCCGCCAUACCCCGAAGAUAGUGCACUAGACCUAUCCCUCUCUUCCUCCCGAAAGGCAGGCCCUGGGCCUGGGCCUGGGCCUCUCCCUGAGACAGCUGUGUGUCCCAGUUCAGCCAUGGACAGCCCAGCACUUCCCUUGAUGGAGAAACUGUCAGGCUCGGCUAUGCCCUUCACCCCCCCUAAGCCGCAUGAGACCUCCAUCAAAGACAGCCGCAACAGCAGCGGCGGCGGCGGCAGCAGCAGCAGUAGCAACAGCAGCAGCACCACCACCUCCUCCGAGCUCCUGAGGCAACAGCAGAAGUGGUUGGUGGACCAGACCGGCCGGCCAGGCUGUGAGCCCAAGACUGGAAAUAACAUCGAGAUUGUGAGCACGUCACAGACGGCCAAAGUCAUCGUCUCCGUCAAGGAUGCCGUGCCCACAAUUUUUUGUGGCAAGAUCAAAGGGCUCUCGGGGGUGUCCACCAAAAACUUUUCCUUCAAGAGAGACCUUCCCCAGGAUUCUGUGCUGCAGUGCUAUGACGUCAAGGGCCAGGCGGAGUCCAGGGAAAAUGCAGAAUCCCUUAGGAAACCCAUCAAAAACCGGAGUGUAAAAUUAAAGAAAAUGAACUCCCAGGAAAUACACAUUCUUCCAAUCAAAAAGCAACGGCUGGCUGCCUUUUUUCCAAGAAAGUAAAUUAUGGCUUUUUAAAAAAAAAUUAAGAUUAUAAUAUUAUGGGGAAAGAUGCACUUGGUUUAAAAAAUGCAUUUAAAACUUAAACUAUCUUUGUAAGUUAUUUUUUGGGGGUAGUGGGGAGGUGGGAGGAAAGGAUCAGCUCUAGAUUCCCUGUAAGCUGGUUUGGCUUCUUCUUUUUUUUUAAUUUUCAACUUUUCCUGAAAGAGUAAAUAAAAGCAACCUAUUUUUCCAGUGGAUUGCACAUUUUUGCAGCUUUAAUGGAAUAACGGAUGAGUCAGAGGGGGUAAAAGCUAUUUUCACUGCCAUAAAGUGCUUUGAUGAUGUAAUUCCUAAUAAUGGGUAGGAUGAAUAUUUCAAAAUAAAUGUUUGUAUGUGCUAAUUGGUUGCAGCAUUCUGUCAUUUGUAAGUUUGCUUUGAUUAACUGGAUAGGUUUGGCCCAAAGUCUGUAAACUGUGAAGCAUUUAUCUGGGUUAUAAUUCUAAGAUGUUAGGUUCCAAGAGACUGAGAAAAAUUCUAUUACCCAAUAGCACCAUCAGGGAAACAGCCAGACAUACUACACAUGAUCAGAAGCGAGUCACUUCACCCUUUGGGGGCCUCUCUGUCCUUAUCUGUAAAUUGAGAGGGUUCUAAACUCUAAAGUUCUAUGGAUUCAAUGUGCAUUUUCCUUAGAAACAAACAGGGAAGAAUUUCUCAAAGAGAAGUACUGCUUAGGGAAGCAAGGUCAUAUAAUGGAAGGAUAUCCCCUGGGUUCCCAUUCUGCCUGUGGCGCUAUCUGUAUAACCUUGGGCAACAUUUAACUUCCCUGGGCCUAAAUUCUUCAUUUUUAAAAUGAAGGGGUUGGAUAAGCUGGCCUUGGAAGGCCCUUUCAACUCUAAUUCUACAAUGCUAGCUAGGAUCUCCAUUGCUGAGUCUACCCUGAAAGCACCCAAAAUUUCAAAGGCACUACUUAUGUUGGUCUGAUAGAAAACCCUUUUGUGAAAAGGAUCCCUAGGGUUGUCAUGCAAGAUAGGAAGAGAGUUGGUUGCCGAAUGGGUAAGCAGAAUUCUCCUCAUUUUCCCCAGCCUGAAUUAAGAUAUAUGGGACAGAAUUAAUUAUACGUGGGUUAGCAUUUUCCCAGCCUGAAUCAAGAUACGUGGGACAGAAAGCAUUGUUCUUUGUUAGUUUAACUAUCUCUUAAUGGAUUCCACAGGAGGAAAAGAAACACUGUAACACUGUCACCUGCCAAUGUAAAAACCACCCACGCUAGCUAGCAAAUGGGAAAGUGAACUUAAAAUAAACCUGAUAGGUGGCACCUGACACAUUGUGUCUGCAAUUGUGCCAGAGGUAGGUUGUUUAUUGAAUGUCUGCUUUUAAGCUUAGUGUUCACUUAUUGCAAUUCAUGGGUUCCCCACUGUUAGUAUGAACCGGAAGGGGGGGGGGAAGCAAUUGGGCAACUGUUCUAUAGCUUUUAUUUCCAGGCCUUCCUCAUAUAGGGUUAUACUUUAACGGUUCCUAUCCCAUGCACAUCAUUAUAGUCUUCUGCAUUACUUGCUUUAAAAAAAUAAUAAAUUCCAGUUGUUGUUUUUAAGUGCGACACAAUGUCAAACAGUUAAAUACCUGCUUCCUGUCAGGUUAACUGUUCCCUUCUGCUACCCUGAAGCCAAACUGCAUCUUUUCUGCUUUUAGAUGGUGAGGACUUUUUCCAUUUCUAUCCUCUGCUUAUCUUUCUUAAGGUUCUUUGUUUUAUUUUGUUUUGGUUUUGUCCUGAGCACCCAGUCUUUGUUCUGAUUCCAAAUAAGACAAAAAUGUGCUGGAAGGCAAGUUUUCAUCGCCUAAUGCUUGUUCCUAGGGAGAAGGGUGGGCUUGUGGUUGUUUCUGCCCUUUAGUGAGAGCCCAUCUCCCUCCACUCCUCCAUCCCUCAGCAUUUCGGAUGUGAUGAGGAGACUCACAGUUCCCCUUUGCUCCCAAAGGAGGAAAAAAAUAAUCCAUCCUCUUUGCAAUUGCUUAAAGGCCCCUCUGGGUGUAGGUGCGUACAAAAGUGUUAGACGAGUAAUUAGCCAUAAGAUUUCUCUCCAGGGGUUUCCUUUGGUUGUAGCUGGAAAAGUUCAGGCUCUUUUCAGAUUACAGGAUCCAGGAAGAACAGGCUGGAGCCCUCCCCCCAACCCCCCACACAAAAAAAUAAAUAAAACCACUGAUGGAGGUAGCCCCACUCCAACAGUCCUAGCCAGACUUAACUGGUCAGUAAGUGUCGCCAUCCUCUAGGGGGGAAGCAGAGGCCUGGAAUGGGACCAUCCUGAGUGGAGGCGUCUUAGACAUGGGGCAAAAAGGCCCAUCGGCUACAAUCUGCUACCAUCACCAUCCCCCCGCUCCUCUCUACUCCACUAUACUGUGUGACUCUUUGUGCAUGGAAAGUUAGAUGUUCGAUCUCUCAGGUUGUCUUUUUUUUUUUUUUACGGGGCAAUGGGGUUAAGUGACUUGCCCAGGGUCACACAGCUAGUAAGUGUCAAGUGUCUGAGGCCGGAUUUGAACUCAGGAACUCUCUCAGGUUGUCUUAACCUACAUCCAUUUUCUUCUGAGUCAGCUCCUUGAGGGUAGGGACCAUAUUCUUGCCUUCCUUUAUAAUCCCUGCUUAGCACAGUGUCCAACACAUUUUUUGUUAUUGUUCAGUCAUUUC